UUAGUAUUCUUCUUCUUUCCCCUUUACUGUCAAUUCUUCUCUUUUACGGAUUUGCUGCAUCGUGAAAGGUUCUUUGUAUUCUUCUUUAUCAACCCCCCUUCAUACUCCGUCCCUCUUACCGACUCCGCGAUUGGAGAAAAGGAAAAAAAGCGGUUCCUUACCAACUCAACCCAACCUUAGCAAAAAAUUCCUAGCAGAACAGCCCUGGAUGCCGCUAUAAUCCAGCAUCCUCUUUAACCAUGUUGCAGGUCGAGAAGCAAUGGAUUAAUGUGCAGCAGAAGACAUUCACCAAAUGGCUCAAUGACAAGAUCAAGGUUCGAAAUGUCUUAAUCGAUGAUCUCGUGGUCGACCUCUCCGACGGUGUCAUCCUCAUCCACCUCCUAGAAAUCCUCGGUGCAGAGUCCCUAGGUCGAUAUGCCUCGAGACCCAAGCUCCGCGUGCAGAAAUUCGAAAAUGUCAACAAGAGUCUUGAUUUCGUCAAAGGGAGGGGGAUCCAAAUGACCAACAUUGGAGCGGAAGAUGUGGUCGAUGGAAAUAGGAAGAUUAUCCUGGGUCUGAUUUGGACGCUCAUUUUACGGUUCACCAUCAGCGAUAUUAACGAGGAGGGUAUGACCGCCAAGGAAGGUCUGUUACUGUGGUGUCAGAGAAAGACGGCUUGCUACGACGGUGUCGAGGUUCGCGAUUUCUCUACCAGCUGGAACGACGGCCUGGCGUUCUGUGCCCUUCUCGAUAUCCACCGUCCUGACCUGAUCGAUUACGAUGCUCUUGACAAGAGCGACCACCGCGGAAACAUGAAACGUGCCUUUGAUAUUGCGGCCAACGAGAUUGGUAUUCCUGAUCUGCUCGAUGUCGAUGAUGUUUGCGAUGUUGCGAGACCCGAUGAGCGUUCGUUGAUGACCUACAUUGCCUACUGGUUCCAUGCCUUUUCUCAGCUGGAGAGAGUGGAGAAUGCCGGUCGUCGUGUGGAGAAAUUUGUCAACAAUAUGCACGGGGCGUGGGAGAUGCAGAACUCGUACGAACGGCGAAUGAAGGAACUCAUCCGCACAAUCCGGGGGCAACGUGAUGGGUGGAAGAACUCUUCCUUUGAAGGAACCUACAAAGACGCCAAGGAGCAGGCUCGCCAGUUCUCGCUUUACAAGAGAAACCACAAACGCCAAUGGGUUGCGGAGAAAUCGGAUUUGGCCGCUCUUCUGGGCAACAUUAAAACCAAGCUCAGUACUUACCGGCUGCGUGCCUACGAACCCCCACCGGAGCUUACCCCAGAUGCCUGCGACCAGGAGUGGGAGUUACUGACAAAGGAUGAGCAUGAACGUAGUCAACUCAUCAACGAAACCAUCCGAGAUAUCAAGAACGCCCUGCGUCGCUCCUUUGCGGACAAAGCCAAUGACUUCGCCCUUACCCUGAAAACCCUCUCGCUUGCCAUUUCCGGUCUCGACGGCGAUGUAGAAGACCAAUUAGCUCAUGUUCAGAGACUCAACGACAACCUCCCUCCCCUCGAUGCCUUCUUAGAUACCAUUGCCGCAAUAGAUGAGCAGUGCGCGGAAGCCAACAUUGAAGAAAACGACUACACUACAUACACCCUAGACGAACUCUCAUACGAGCUGAGCCUGGUCAAAUCCAGCAUCUCCAAGAAACUGGCGUUCCUGGACAACCAGCUUGUGGCCCGAAACAUGACAAACCUUACGCCGAUUCAGCUGGAGGAGUUUGAGUCUGUAUUCCGGCACUUCGAUCGCGACUCGUCUAAUACACUGCAAGAACUGGAAUUCUCUGCUGCGUUGGCGAGUUUGGGUCUUGUAUAUGAUGAGGAUGAGAUGCACGAUGUCUAUGUUGAGACGUGUGGCCCUGCUCGGCUCCAACAGAAUGCUGGCGUCAGUUUUGAGCAGUUUAUCCGGUUUAUGGUCAGUGUCACGGAGGAUCAGAACACGGCAGAGCAGGUUUUCCAGAGUUUCAAGGAGGUUGCAGAUGGAAAGCCCUAUGUUACAGAAAUCGACCUUCGGCACUCCCUUAUUCCGGACGAAGUUAUCGAGCACCUUGUUCAAACAAUGCCGCAGCAUGAUGGCCCCGAUCUUAUGGAAGACAGAGAUCUUCCGAAGUACGACUACAUCAGCUUCAUGGAGAAGUUGAUGGAAGCCAACAACAAUAAUAACAGCAACGACGGUGGCGGCAUAAGCGAGUUGUCCGCCAAUGGAGAUUAAUUGCAUUAUUUGAUUCAUCCAGCAUUUUCGGUUGUUCAGGUUCUCGUUUCUGUUUUACUUUAUUUGUUUUCUGGGUGCUCUAUGGGUGUUCUCUGGAGCUCGGAGGGUUUGGCUCUUGACUGGCGACCACAUUGAUCAUGCAUACAUUUUUUCUUUCUUCCUCGUUGCAUUGUUAGAGUUUCUGGUUCUCUGUUCUCUCUUUCUUUGGUGCCUUAUAUCCGAGCUCAUGGGAUGACUACUUUUUGUGUACGCCACAAUUUGGGAAAUGAGGGUAAUAACUAAAAACAAUAGAAAUCAUGUUAAUGGUAUCGGCC